GGAUGGUCGUGCUCAGGAGGGACAUCUUGCGCGAACCCUUUCUCCCCCCCCCUGGCGAUGGGUUGGGCGCUGUCGCCAGGUGCAGCAGAAUUCGGGGGACCCGUGCGCGCACGCGCCCCGUCCCUGCCGCCCGUGGCGGCCGCUGCUCCUCCCAUGGGCGAAGCGGGGCCCAGUGCCGCGGACCUGGAGGACGCCCUGGCUGGGCUCCGCAAGGGAUGGGAGCGGCUGGCCAUCCGAGGCCUCGGAACUGGAACUGCGGCGGGAUCCAGCAGCAGUGCGGGCGCAUCUGGACUCCGGUCGUGGAGGGGCCUCACCGCGGAGGUGCUCUCCGCUGUGCCCUCGUGCCUUGCGAUCCCUGAGCGGCUGGCACCCCGCCUGGCCAGCCGCGCCUGGUGGCGCGCCUGCGAGCAGGGUGCCGCCCGCGGGGCGUGGGCCGAGGCGCUCGGCGCCGGCGCCGGGGCGGGGCGGCGGAGGCCGCGGGCGGAGGCCUGGCGGCUUUCUACGCGCGGCAGCACUUCCUGGCGCACGGGGCGGCCGCGAGGGUCUUCAAGGGCGACCGCGGCAAGCCCACGGCCCACGUCGAGAUGAAGGCGGCAGGCCGCGUGCGCGCCUCGGUCCCAGCGGCGGCGAUGUCGGACGGCACGGCGGCCAUGCUGGGAGACAGGGCGAAGGUCGUCGACGAGCCCGACGUGGCCCUCAUGGUCUUCGACGUGGCCGCGGGCGAGCUCGCCGGGUACGUGCCCAUGAACCCCACGACCAAGCACGGGCAGAGUCUCCAGCGGCCCCUCUCGGUC